AUGUCCAUCGUAACCAAGCGAUGUGGGGUCAAGUUCACGCCACCCUCAAUCGUCCUCAUAUACGAGACCAAAGAGACGGGGAGGGUCCGAAAGAGAGUCAUACCAGUGAGGAACUUCUCUCAGUAUUCAGACUGUAGCAGGGCUGCAGAGAGACUGAAGCACCAUAUCCGUCAUGGUCCAUACCUGGAGAUGGUGCCCCUGGCCCAGCUAGAGAGGCUCCACGUGGUUCUGAGAGACCACCUCCGGGGACUGAGUUUGGAGCAGAGCCUGGCAGCGCUGAAAGGCCCAGACCCGGAUGAAGAGGAUUUAAACAAGCUUGGAGACGAGGAGCUGGCCCGCAGGAAAGAGCAGAUGGACGAGCUCUUUCAGCGUAACCGCCGGCGGAAGAGUGACCCUGACUUUGUUUAUGAUCUGGAGGUGGAAUUUCCCGAGGAGGACAAACGGGAAACGUGUAGCUGGGAUGAGGAUCAGUCAGAUGAUGAAUUCUAG